AUGAAGAUUCUAUACCAUGUCUUGUUGUCAACCAUCCUGAUGGGCAGUGCCCUCGGAAAAUUCGUCGGCCACGGGAUCUGGCCCUACAAGCCCGUCUGCGCCUUCGCCUGCCUGCGCGCCCUCUCCAGCUACAUGCUGUCGUGCUCCUCCGAGACGGACACGCACGGCGGCAUGCACAUGCACGGCAACGGCAUGACGAGCCCCCAGUGCUGCGCCGGCGACACCCCCUGGCUGACCACGCUCGCCUACUGCGCGCAGACCAAGUGCGCCGUGUUCGGCGUGCCCGUCUCGCAGCUGCAGGGCUUCUGGGAGGCGCGGAGCACCGAGGACCCGGCCGUGCCGCCGAGGUGGAACUUCUCGCAGGCGGUGGCUAAUGUCACUGGGCCUCCGGGGCGGGAGCUUGGUGCGGAUACGGAGUCUGAGACGCUUAACUUCACCGCGCUGGUGAACGUGGAGGCGUAUACGUCGCAGUAUAAUGCUAUGUUUGCGGUCCAGCGUGAGACUGUGCUGGAAAAUAGCUAUGGCAUCGCUAUCCUUGUAACUGGGUUUGGGACACCAUUGAUACUCACCUGGCUAGGCUAUGUGCCCUACAUCUCCCGUCUCCUGGACAAGGUCCGGCCACGUCUAGUCUACCCAAGCCUGAUAGGCACCUACCAGGCCCGCCCGCUCCCAUAUCUGCUCGGCAACGCCCCGACGGUAGGGCAGAGCCUGUACAUCGCCAUGUUCACCCUCCUCGUGCUCAUGCUGAGCGCAGUCAACUACAAAUCCAUGCAGCCGCACGCCUGGUACUCCGACCCGCACGAUGAGAUCCUCGCCUACGUCUUCUACCGCACCGGCGUCUUCGCCUUCGUCAUGGCCCCGCUGACGUUCCUCUUCUCGUCGCGGAACAACGUCCUGCUCUGGGCCACCAGCUGGUCGCACUCGACCUUCCUGCUGCUCCACCGCUGGGUCGCCCGCCUGUUUGCACUGCUUGCGCUGCUACACAGCCUCAUGGCCCUGCCGCUUUAUUACCCUGCGGAGGCGACGCAAGAGUACUGGAUCUGGGGCGCGGUCGCGACUAUGGUGCUCAUGACUUUGGCGGUUGGUAGUGGCUUGUACGUACGCCGGUCCUACUACGAGUUCUUCCUCAUUUGGCACAUCAUCUUGUCCGUAUCCGUGCUUGCGGGCUGCUGGUACCACAUCAAACUCUGGACGCCCGAUCUCGCCUGGGGGUACGAGACAUGGCUGUACGGCGCAUUCGCGAUCUUGGCGUUCGACCGGCUGGCCCGCGUCGCGCGCGUCCUCAAGAACGGAAUGCGCCGCGCCAGGGUGACCGAGCUGGGCGGCGGCUACGUCCGCGUGGACGUGGCUGGCAUCCGCUGGGGCGCGCACCCGGGCAUGCACGCCUACACGUUCUUCCCGACGCUUCAGCCGCUGCGCCCCUGGGAGAACCACCCGUUCUCGGUGGUGCCCGCUGCGCUACUGCAGCAGUCGUCGCCCGCGCGCAGCCCCGGGUCGGGGGAUGGCUCGAAGAUGGGCUCGGAGCUAGAGCACGGUGACGCGGAGAAGGGACAGGGAGCCGCGGCGCGGGUGCUUCCUGAAGCUCGAGUAGCAGAUGGUCUGACGACGGGGGCCACGCUAUACAUCAAGAAGUCUACCGGCAUGACCAAGUACCUGCGGGCAUGUGAUGGCUUGCUCACGCUCUUCGACGGGCCCUAUUCCAUCAAAGCAGCCUCGAGCUGCGGGUGGCGGAAGGUUGGCGUUGUCGUCUCUGGACCCGGCGGUAUUUGCGACGAUGUCAGAGCGGCUGUCGUUGCUGCUGGGAGGAAGCAGGCCACUACAGUCUUUGAUCUAGAAGUCGAUGCAUACACGUGGUAG